CAUAUUCAUCAUGCAUGGAAGAGCCAGAUGUAUGUGAAGAAAUGACUUGUGAACAGUCGCCUGUUUGGAUCAGUGAUCCGGAAUCACAUUUUGAUAAUGUGCUUUCGAAGUCAACACAGACAUCUGAGAUGGUUGUAUUUCGGCCAACAGAAAAUAAAGGAUUCACUAUUUAACCUCGGGGUAAGGACAAGAGUGUUGGGGCCAUGCCAGUGAUGAAAGACAUAGGAACAGAGCCUACCUGUUUUGAGGCGGAUUCUUUAGAUGAUGAAGAUCUUGAGAUGGAUGAGAUGAAUGAUGCAUACCUUGCUGAUGACACUGAAGACGAUCCUGACUGGGAGCCAGAAGAUGAUUCCGAUGAGGAAUAUGCAUCAGACAAUGAAGAAAACAUUUGGGUAGACUGCAGUGAGCAGACCGACAGGCCAUACUUAGUGUAUGAAAGCUGUCUGCUGCCACUACUGUUGAUGUGUUCUGUGUGUGGCGACAGAUGCACCAUCACCAAGAAGUCGACCAGAGGAGGCCAGCUGAGAGCCUCAACUGUAUGUGGCACUGGACAUUGCAGAACAUGGGACAGUUCACCCAACAUAUGUGGAACACCACUAAAAAAAACUGGUAGUGGCAGGGGCCAUGUAUUUUAGUGGUGUCUGCCUGAGGAAGUUCAUGAACUGUUUAAGUUUCAUUAAAGUUCCCAUUUUGUCGUACAGGACUUACAUGCGUUUGCAAUCCAUUUACAUAUUGCCAGCGGUGGACAAUGUCUGGAAAAAGACACAAGCACGCCUGAGAUGCGGAUCGGUAAAUCAGUACGGCUGGGAGGGGAUGCUCGGUGUCGCUCACCUGGGCACACAGCAAAGUACGGCUCGUACACUCUCAUGGAUCUUGAGACGAACCAUGUUCUGGAUGUACAGCUUGUUCAGAGUAAUGAAGUUAAAAACUCCAAUGCUAUGGAGCUGGAAGGGUUGAAACGUGGACUAAGGAACUUGGCGACCAACCACAUCAGCGUUACUGAUCUGACGACCGACAGGCACGUUCAGGUUCGCAAGUUCAUGCGGGAAGAAAUGGAGAAUAUUCGCCACUGGUUUGAUGUAUGGCACAUGGCAAAGGGUGUGAAAAACAAACUGCUGACCAUGGGAAAGAAGAAAGGUUGUGAAGCAGUUGGAAAAUGGGCGCAGUCGAUCGCCAACCACCUCUAUUAUUGUGCUGCCUCAAGUGAGGGAAACGGUGACUUGGUUGUUGCAAAGUGGCGUUCAAUUAGGAACCAUGUUGUGAAUCGUCAUGAUGGCAAUGGUGACUUGUUUCCCAGAUGUCUUCAUGGACCGAUAGACAGAAACAAAAAAUGGAUAAAGGCUGGUGCAAAGGCCCACUAAGAGCUUUUACUAAUAACAGAACGCAAACGUUUCGUUGUGGAUAUCCGGAUGCUUUCACCCACUGAGCAGACAUCAGCCUUUGAGGCGCAGCACAAGGUGGUGUGUCAGUUUGCCCCAAAGUUCCUGAGUUUCUCCUAUGCAGUAAUGAAGCAAAGACUACACCUCGCUGCUUUGCAUUCUGUGGCAAAUGCAACCCGCACGCAGGCUGAGACCAGGCAGGGGGAAAAAAGAUACCGAAUCUCCUAUCCUAAGUACAAGGCUGGACACCAUGUGGUUAAAGCAGUUAAAAAGGAUUGCACUUAUGG